UCCAAGGUGACAAUGAAGAAAGCCGUUUAUUUCUAUCCCGUCUGCUCCAAGUAAAGGCAAUACGUCGGACUGACACGACUUUACACGCCUGUGAGAGGAUCGGUCACCUUCUUUGCAACACCCAUCGGCAUAUUCCUGCUUUGAGAGGAGGGGGGGAAAGAGGGAGAAGAUGUGGAUCUUUUACAGUUCGGACGAUUCAAAGUGUAUCUUUUCUAUUUGGAACCAGUGGUGUUUGUAUUACGCAGCAGUGUUGUGUUUGUUGUUUUCGCCCGUAAGGAUGGACGACGCGUGCCCAUCGUCCUGCAUCUGUACCAGGGGCUUGAGGACGGUGACCUGCCGUGACGGGGACUACACCGAGGUACCCAGAGACAUGCCAAAGUGGACGUCCACCUUGACACUUACGGGGAGUAACAUCUCAACUUUACAGCGUGAUGCGUUCAUGACCAACGGCACGGAGUUGGAAAUGACAACACUCUCUCUGUCCUAUAACGGGAUACAGGCUAUUGAACCUUACGCCUUCCUGGGGCUUUCCCGGUUACAUUCGUUGGAUCUUAGCCACAAUCAGUUGGAGUUUAUCUCAUCCAGGGCUUUCCAUGGAUUACCCGAGCUGCGCUCUCUUAACCUGAAUUACUCCGUUUCUCCUGCGGCCACCGCGCAGCUCUCAGAUGCGCUCAACACACAAAGUUUGCGCAACCUGCACAGACUGGAGUUGGCGGGAAACAAGCUGACGUCUAUCCCCCUCGAGAGAUUAGAUGUCUUUAACCUCCACGAGUUGGUGCUGAUUAAUAACUCAAUAGAGAUCAUCGGGGAGGAAAAUGUAACCAGUUUGUACCAGCAAAGGCGCAUACGCGUCUACUUGUCUUUAAAUCCGUUUCGGUGCAGCUGUGAACUGGAGGCGUUUUACUACUGGCUGAAGAACUCGUCCCAGUGCCUGGAUGCAGGGCGUCUCCUGUGCAGCGAGCCAGAGGCUAAGAGGGGGAUUCCCGUGGAAAAUCUCCGGGGAGAGGAGGUUGAUUGUAUGAACGAGAACCUGGAGGCGGUGUCAUAUGUUUUCCUUGGUAUAGUGUUGGCUCUCAUCGGGGUGGUGUUCCUGAUGGUGCUCUAUCUCAACCGGGGAGGCAUCAAACGGUGGCUCAACAACAUCAGAGAGGCCUGCCGUGACCAGAUGGAGGUAUAUCAUUACCGCUAUGAGCAGGACUCUGACCCCAGACUGGCCAACGUGGCUGUUUAACCAGUCAAAACAUCAAUCCAGUGCUACAUAGUGUGAGGACAGAAGAUAUUACCAGGAGAACUUAUUUAUCAAAGACUGUGGCCAUGACCUGUCACAACUACAACUGAUGGUUUUUUAAAGCUAGUUUCAUCACGUUCAGCCCAUGAAUUCACUCUGGGAUAUGCACAGAGCCAAAGGCAGUUAAAUCUAAGUAACUGUUCGUCCAGCACAACUAAAUACUUCAAUCUUCUCAGCAGUGUUGUACAUAUUGUAUAUAAGUAUCUCCUCAUAGCAGAAAUGCUUUCCAUCCGUCGUGUUAUCUUACACAGCCCCACUUGUUUAGUAUUUACCCUUAGUAACCAAGUCCAAAGCGCACAGUAAAGGUCCAUCAAAUUUCCAAUUUGAAAAGCUGAGUCAGCGUUAUUACCCAAAGCUGCGGCCCCUGCUUAAUAUUUUACAUUCAGGAAAACCUGCACAGAGAACAAGACUGCUUAAUCUACCAGGGAGUGCAUAUUGUCAGAAAACUGUCAGAGAAGGAAACUCAUUUGGCAUUUUUUUUAAUGGAGUGCCAUGUUUGUGGAAUAUGUUACACACCAUGUUUUCACGAAGACCCUUUUAUCUCAGAGAAGAACGUCUGUCAUUUGACACCAGAUCAGCUUAUCAGUAAAACUGUGGAAAAAGUGAAA